CGAGCUCAACAGCACCGCCGGCGGCGUCCCAAAGAGCAAAGCCCUCGGCCCGAGCUCCCCUGCUGCUCCCUGUCCUGCACUUCCUUCCUUCCGCACGGAACCCGCUCUCGCCGGCAGGCAAGCCGAAUCCCCCCACCAUGGACGACGUUAGCUCAAGGUACGAGAUCCCGCGGACGGCCGAGUUCCUGCGGCGCCGCGCCUACACCAGGGUCGCCCUCCAGUUCCCGGACGAGCUGCUCAAGGAUGCGGCGGCGGUGGCGCGGGCGCUGCGGGCGGAGCUCGGCGGCGGGGCCAAGCUGUUCGUGAUGGCCGACACCGCGUACAACUCGUGCUGCGUCGACGAGGUGGGGGCGUCCAACAUCGACGCCCAGUGCGUCGUCCACUACGGCCACUCCUGCAUGAGCCCAACAUCGAAUUUGCCAGCUUUCUUCGUAUUUGGGAAGGCACCAUUGGACAUCAGUUCGUGUUGCCGCUCAUUGCUGGAUUGCUCGAGAGAAAGCAGUAAACCCGUUCUUGUGUUAUGUGGGUUAGAGUAUGGACAUGCUUUGGACGAUCUUAAAAGAGCCACUUUGGAAUUAUGCAAAUCAGAUUGUCAAAAUUCCGAAAUCCAUUAUGCAGAAGUUCUGUGUUCAGAAAUGAGUCCGUCAUCAAGUCCCACUGCAGAAGAGCAAUGUUCUCAAUCCAAUGGAAGCACUCAUAAUGAUGGUUUGCCUGCAGACAAUGAUGAUUUGGCAACACUUGUGAACAGUUGCUGUAAUGUGGAAGGAUCCACGCGCAAGUAUAAUCUUGGAGGCCUUACAUGGCGCAUAUCCACCGAUGAGAAAAUGGAUGACUAUUUGUUAUAUUGGAUUGGACAAGAUAACUCUGCUUUUGCCAACGUUGCACUUACUUUCAAUAAAUGUGAUAUAGUUAGAUACGACACAGUAGCAAAUCAAUUCUCAAGGGAUGUCUCUCAUCUGAUGAAAAUUCUUAGGCGCAGAUAUUACCUUGUGGAGAAGGCAAAGGAUGCAAAUAUUGUUGGCAUUUUGGUGGGAACUCUAGGCGUUGCUGGUUACCUUGACAUAAUCGAGCAAAUGAAAAAUCUGAUCAAAGCUGCUGGAAAGAAAUCUUAUACACUGGUCAUGGGACGGCCUAAUUCUGCUAAGCUUGCCAAUUUUCCUGAGUGUGAAGUUUUUGUAUAUGUUUCUUGUGCCCAAACUGCUUUAUUGGAUAGCAAAGAACUUUUAGCCCCAGUUAUCACACCAUUUGAAGCUGUAUUAGCUUUUAGCAGAGGAAGAGAAUGGACUGGAGAAUAUCUUUUGGAUUUCAAGGAAUUGAUCAGUUCGGAGAAACCAGAAGUUGCAAGCAAAAGUGAAGAAGCACGUUUUUCUUUUAUCAAAGGCGGCUAUGUGGAAGAUGAUUGUCCUCAAGAAAACGAGGAGCAUUCAGAAACAUCACUUGCACUGGCCGAGCUAACGGAGAAGGCCCUAAGCACCCGAAACCAAAAUAGCGAUGCAGUUCUUUACCAAGGAGGUGCGAAGUCUGCGAUCGAAUACCUCAAGGCCCGGUCCUACCGUGGUAUGACUGGAGAAUACGAGGGUCCAGCGCCAGACUCGGUCUUGAUAGGCAGGACAGGGAGGGCUGCUGGUUACUCUGAUGAGAAAACGAAGAGCCCAGAAUGAGGGAAUGCUGCGUGCAUUUGCAUACUGGACAGUUUUGUGGGGAAAGCCUGCUGGUUUGUUUUAGCGGGGAAAACGAUACUUUUGGAUGCCGUUUUACUGGCUUAGGGCCUAGUUUGGCUGUCCUUUGGGUUUUGUAUACUAGAAACUGCUGUAUUCACAGGGUCAGUUUUGUUGUGAGCCAUGAGGCGCAUGUGAAGCACUGUGGAAAUUUGUGUAAAACUGUGGCACUUAGCCAAAUUAAGUAGAUUUUGGUGCCGGUGGUUUAUUGUCC